AUGGCGAGUUUAGCUGGCGUGUUUAAGGAGAAGGAAAGGACAAACUGGCUAAAGGCAUGGCUAGCAUUAGAUAUUGCAAAGCUGGGUUUUGAGAACUUUGUAACAAGCGAGUCUCAGAAUUUUCACGACCACAUUUACGACCAAGCUCGUGAAAUCCAUAAAGCUGUGCGUCACUCUGCUGAUAUGAAACUGUCUGAUAGGGAUCUCCAAGACUACUUCAAAACAUUGAAAGAGCUGCUGAGGGAUCCCGGCAAGAUUUUAAGUCUGAGUCUAAGCCAUGAUAGCCAUGCCCAAAAUGCUGUAAAGAAAUUAGAAAAGUUGGAAAAAGACACCUUACUUUUGACUACAUCGGAGAUGAUGUGUCUCCUGGAGGCUGUGGAUGCAACUUUGAAGCAACACUUGAAAGUUACUGUCAACACAUCAGUGAAUGAGCUCAGAGAAAACACAGAAUUGUGUAUUGAGAAAAUCAAAGACUAUAUGGUUACAUGUAAGGAAGAGCUCGCAAAAGAGGCAGAAUUGCAUAAACAAGAUUUUGAUAAAAACGCAAAAAAAAGCAUGAACUAUUAUAAUGAAGUGACUGUCUUGGGCAAAAGAGACUUUGAUGGGAACGCAGUCAAACGCACGCAAGCCUUUGAUGACAACUCAGAAAAACGCAAGCAGGAGUAUGAUGAACACACAGUCACACGCACGCAAGCCUUUGAGGAGAACGCAGAAAAACGCACGCAGGAGUAUGAUGAACACACAGUCUCACGCAAGCAAGCCUUUGAGGAGAACGCAGAAAAACGCACGCAGGAGUAUGAUGAACACACAGUCUCACGCACGCAAGCCUUUGAUGAGAACGCAGAAAAACGCACGCAGGAGUAUGAUGAACUCACAGUCUCACGGAAAAAAGACUUUGAUGAUAAUGCAGACAAACGCACGCAGGAUUUUGAUGAGAUCGCAGAAAAACGCUUGAGGGACAUUAAUGAGCAGCGUGGAAGAAAUACUAUUUUCAUUGAAACUUCCUACAAACAGUCCAGUAAAGAUAUGCUUGGAAAGUUGUUGGAGCAUUACAGCAAACGUUUCUGUCACGUAAAUACCUUUCCAUUGGAUGACUAUGUUCAGGAAAAGUUACGUGAUAUUUAUAUGCCACCGAAUAUACAACUUAUGGAUAAGGAAAGAGGGUUUUUCAAAAAAACUGGUAAACAGAUUUCGACAUACCAACAUAUUUUGUUAUCAGAUACCAAACCAAAUCAACAGAUAUUUAUUCAAGGGGAAACAGGGUCUGGGAAAUCUACUUUUCUUGCGAAAUUGGUCAUGGACUGGUGUAAAAUUACAUCAGAACAAUCAUCCGUGACGAUGCUGCCAAUUGAUGGCAAGACUUCCAGUGUCAACUCUAAUACACAGAUGAGAGACUCUAAUGUUUUUGACGAUUUAACGUGUCUGAAUGGCUUUAAAUUUGUCUUCCAUGUACAAUUAAGGGAAUCGGUUGAUCAGUUUGAUAUCGCGAAAAUUAUAAAAAAGCAGAUAGUUGACAGUAUAUACUCUUCUGAAGAAGAUCGCGGAAAGGCAUACAUACUACUAAAUGAGAUCAUGAAACGUGAACGUUGCUUGGUAUUACUUGAUGGCCUAGAUGAAUGGAUUGGUACUGGAGAACCUAGAGAGAUUGGUACUCGUCACAACCUGCCAAAACUGGCCGACGUACACAGUCAUUGUGUUUUGUUGAUAACUACUCGACCUUGGAAGAUGACAGGAGCGAAAAUACUUGACUCGCAGAUUGACAAACUGCUGCAACUUGAUGGAGUCAAAAACGUGUUUGAGGCAAGCAGAAAAAUCCUUGGGUGUAGGAAAGAUUGUAAGAAGAGAAAAGAUUUAGACAAAAAACAAUCCGAAUUUGAAUUGUAUGUACAGAAAUAUGGCUUGUUAGAGCCUUUGCACUUCCCAAUGAUGUUGUGUCUGAUUGUACAAUUGUGGGCAGAAGGAACUGAACUUAAGGGCUCUAAGUGUGAAAUGUACAGCUUCUUGCUGGACAGUCUUUUUAAGAAGGCGACCAGUGAACCGAGUGAAUUUCAAGAGCCAACUUAUCGAUGCUUAACAGAGACCCAAUAUAUACAGCCCAAUAUUGAACACUUGAAUAGACUUGCUGAAGCGGCAUUUGAUUUGUUGUUUUCAGAUACACAAAAUAAAGCUCUAGUAUUUACAACGAAAGAAUUGAAGAAAUAUAAUUUAGGUGAACUAGACCAAAACAAUGUUGCACUGAAAUCCGGUAUUUUAUCAGCGAAACGUCAGGCACCUACAUUAAGAGCACUCCCGUCAUUUUCAUUUAUUCAUAAGAGCAUUCAGGAAUUCCUGGCUGCGUAUCAUAUUGCCCGUAUUACCCAUCUCAAUCUCAUUGAUGAUGUCGUUUCCGGAUAUCUUGACCGUCACGAGAAUGCAUAUCUUGACGUGUCCCAGGUUUUCAUCUUUCUGUGUGGACUAGACAUCAUGUCAGCGAAUAAGCUUUCUGGCAUGAUGGAUGAACGCAAUAAUGCUCGUGUAAAAUCUAGCUUUAAUGGAAGUAAGCUUUGUGAGAUCAUACUACAAGGAUACAGAGAAGCCGUUGCCAAUGAGCAAACUAACAUUGCUCUGACACUAAGUCACAUGUCCAACGUUGAUACCAUAGAAUUUAAAAGCAUGACAAACGUUGUCAGAGACCUUCACAGCGUCUGGAAAAAUAACACACGCAAUCUAUUGUCAUUGGAUCUACUCAUAGACAUAAGCAACUGUAGUAGGCCUUCUGCGUUCAGAGGUGGUUCACCUGCAACAGCUGAGCCUACAUCCCAUAUUGAGUUUGACAUGUCAUCCUGCCACAGGCUGGAAUAUUUAUAUCUAGACGGGGACGACAUUUGGCUUAAAGAUUCUGACAGUGCUGCUAGAUCAGAACAGCCGCACUGGAGAUCAAAACACCCGGUCUGGAUUGUUCUAGACAGUGCAAAUCCAGUACUGCCCUCUAUUAAACACAUUACAUUGUGGGAUAUCAAUUGUUCCUCCACUUGGCUGAACAGUUUGUUCAGUACGCUUCUGACACUGGACCAUGAGGUGGAGUGUUCCCUGAACCAAUGUCACAUAUCAUCGCGUAUAAAGGGCGUCUUCAAUAGUUGGAUAAAUGCGUCAAUAACGACGGACGUAAACAAAUGUCUGAAUCUCGGUAUACUUGAGCCAGAUGGUGUGUUGAACGCCCAGAUUGUAGAGUUGUUUAAGUCAAUACAGUUGGAAACCCUUAACAUUAAACUGUCUGCAUGGACUCGUAUCGAUCCCAAUCUGUGGGAUGCUCUGAACAGCCUUACUAUGAAUCGUGUGACACUGAGUGUAAAUAGUGUAUGGUAUGGUCUGAUAGUAAAUAAUUUCUCAAUGUCGCAGGCUUUCCUAUCAUACAAUACGGAAAUUAUUUGUAUGUACCUGAAUGCCCAGCCCAAUCUGAUAGAGGCUAUGCAUGGUCUGCCUAUCAAAAGUCUGAGUCUGUAUGGCAGUCGAGAAGGUUUGGACAUUAAUCACGUGGCAUCGCUGCACAAGUUGCUAUCUUCGCUCAAACAGCUGAAAAAGCUCAGUGUGCUGAAAAGCAACGACAGUCCCGGUCUUUGGGAGGCUCUACAUGGUCUGAAUAUCAAGAGUUUGAAACUGAAUGACACAUAUGUGCAACAUUUAUCGUUGUUUGCACAGUUUCUAGCUUCUCUAACACACCUUGAAACGUUAAAUAUAAUAGUGAAUUUUGGCAGUCAUCUCGGUCUGUGGGAUGCCCUCCACGGACUGAAUAUCAAGAGCCUGACUCUGAAUGGUUCCAUAGCAGAUGCGAUGCAAAAGUUGGCAAUGAAACCAUCGUCUCGGCUAUUUCAAUCGCUUACACAGCUGGAAACGCUUAGUAUUGGAUUGUGGAACGCGUCUGACGUUGAGGCUCCCGCUUUUUGUCAGGCCCUCCACGGGCUGAAUAUCAAGAGGCUGAGUCUGAAUGGUUUCAGAAGUUGUAAGUUAGUAGGAUUCAAGAGUUGGGAUUUCUCGCAGCUAUUUCAAUCGCUUAUACAGCUGGAAACGCUUAGUGUGAGAGUUUGUGCUUACUCGAAUUUGUGGGAUUAUCUGCCGAAGGCUCUGCGUGGUCUGCAUAUCACGCGUCUGAGUUUAAGUGAUAUUCAGGAAGGUUUGCAGGUAAAAAAUGCUGAGUUGUCACAGUCAAUAUCCUCGCUCACGCAGCUUAAAACGCUUACAUUGCAUGUAUAUGCUUAUAUCGACCUACAACUACCUCAGUCAUUGAAGUAUCUCAAUUUCUACUGUACCAGAAUAUCUCCGCCAGAAUUACGCGACCUAGUGAAGGCACUGUCUGCGUGUACUCAGGCAGUUGAGAGCAAGCUGGAAUUCGGUUGUGCAGAAUGCAUAUAUAAUGAUAGAUGGAGUAUGUCAACUAUAUUUCCUCCUGAAGAAUAUAUCCCCGUCCACCUAGAACUGACUGUACAGAGGAAUAUCACAGUGAAGCGAUUCCGAAUAUUAGACCGGAUACGUGCCGAUAGAUGGUGUGAGUCUGCUGAUUCUGCCUGGUCGGUACGUGGCAAUGUUGCUGUUGAGAAUGAUGAUUAUGAUGAUGGCACUGUUGAUGAUGACACUUAUAAAUCAUUCGUUCGACAUCUUAAUCCAGGAAUCAAAUAUCGAAUUUCCAUGCGAGUGCAGAGUCAUGGAGCUUCAAACUCUUGA